GUUGUGCAAACAUCCCCAUUGCAUUGGCCCAGUGCAGUGUAGCUGCAGCACUACACGCUACCAUACACCACGCUCUCCUCUCCGCCACCAUGCUUCACCUGGGUCUAUUUUUUCGGGGUACCGUCCCCUUGCUCGCGUGCUUAUGUGUGGCCUGCACCGCCUUUAUUCCCGUGCCGACGCGAUUCCCUUCUCGGGGACAGCAGGUCGCUAGUUCAGCACGCCCGUCGACCACCAUAGCUGGACCAGGGUCGCCAACACAGCAGGCAACAACGCCGACAGCAGGCACACGACGACGGCCAAUAUCAGUUCCAUGUUGCGGCGAGGGUGCAGGAGGCGAAGGCGUUGAAGUUGCAGUUGACAGUGCUGCCGCCGCUGGUGCUGGUGCUGGUGCUGGUGCUGCGGCCGCCGAGAUGGACCCUUUUCGUCCAACGAGGGCGUCCAUGUCUCCGUUGGUCAUCAACGCCUUGGUGUCGGUGCUGUUUAGACCGGAUACAGAGGCCACCGGGGCGGCCGCCGCUGCACUGGAACGGCGCAGUGACUGGGAAUUCACUGAGGAGGAGGAAAGGGCCGUCACCAGCAGGGUGUGCGGCGUGGCAAGCCAUUUGACCGAGCUUCGUUUUAUGCUCGCCACUGCAGUGGAACGAACUCCGUCGAUCGCUAAGUACGGCAUGUUUUCAGACUAUGGCAUGAGCAAAAACGUAGAGAACGACCCCUUGGCUCAAAUGAACCAGGCCGAGUGUCUACUGGCGCUAUAUAUUUUGCACAAGGAGAAUGCCGGGGUUGCGGCGGUCGAUUUUUUGGACGCCGAAAGGUUGGAUGUUUUGCAGGGCUAAACAAACUUGAGCCACACAUGGUUUGUACUCCUUUGUACUGUUGAUUAAGGGUAUGAUGCUCUAGCAAUUUUUGUCUCUCGAGAUCGGAGUUUGGGGUCGACGGGUCGUGCAGAGCUGUUUUUGGCAGUAGUGUGUGUGUGUGUGUUUUCGUCCUAUUUAUAAUGGCGACAGUUCCCCCAUUUUUCGUGGUGAGACGUGUACUACACUUUUCAGCGUAUGCAGAGUACUACACUUUUCAGUGUAUUUUUUCGUACAACUACAACCAUCCAGGGUCACACAGGAGGGGGUAAACACCAGGGCUUUCUUCUUCUUUUUAUUUCGUCUCAUGCCCCACCUUCCUCCUGCGGUGCGUGCUGACUUUUAUUUUUAUCGCGUGAAGGGUCCAGCCGUCCAUUUCCCUCGUCAACGGUGCUAACGUCGAAGUUUGGUACUCACGAGAGCUUUUCAGCCAUAUUUCGCUUUCACCCGCACAUUUCGUAAAUUGUUCACCCCAUGGGGAUUCAAACUUACGACCUCUGCGACUAGCGGAUUACGAGGAUACCACUAGACCACCGGGGCGACCGGUACAACCGGAGUAGGUCUAUCGGCAAAUACUGGAAAGGCCAGGCAGUUUGGUCGCCGCGAGGAAGGCGAACAAUUUUUGCAAUUCAUCUGCAGGAAAUAUACAAUCAAAGAAAGAUUCUACCCGUUCGAGGUAUCGCCACAGUCGAAGGGGGUCUUGUACCCUUGUGUGUACUCUGGCGAUUUCGUUUUCUUCGGCGAUGUACGCUGCGUUGGUUUUUAACGACCCGUUGUAUCUAUUUUCCCUUUGGCUGUUCGAGGUGCUCUUUUUGGAUUCUGUACUUCAUAGGUGCGUAAUAUCAAUGUUCCACACCUACCUACUUUUUCAUAGUUUUGUGGACAUGUUCGGAGGGUAGUCUAAUUCCAUUAUAAAGCACAGGGGCCCCGCGGAAGGGGGACCUUUUUUUUCGUCGGGGUAACCUAUUCGCGAGGUAGGAUCCUCUCUUGUGAACCCCGAAGCCAUAGUCACACAAAACGGGUACGUGAGCGCAACGAGAGAGCACCUACCCCGCUCAAAGUAUGCGUGAAGCACGAUGUGUCUCCACCGUGAAUCUUGCGUAGAGUGAGUGGGCUCUAAAAUCCAAGGAAAGCAAGUGUGUGGGAUGAAUUUUGACGGACAUACCAAGUUCGGCCUGUGAUUACGGGAGGGGUCUCCAUCAGUUGAAUCAGUACGUAUGCUGGAGGGUACUGGGCGGAGAUCGGAAAUAUUCUUAUUCUGAAAACAGCAAUGCUGUGGUACUUGACCAGCUUGGGUGUCGAUUUACUGCGGCGACUAUGCACAUCACCUUUGAACGGUUUGGCUUCAAACCACGAGUCGUGGAUGAUCUCACUGCUGUGCAGAUGUUGAUGGUUACUGAUUCCCGCCCAAUCCCGUGCGCUCAUAGCUGGUGGCUGAUGAUGCGGAAACAGAACUCGUCAAAGCCGCCGUAGCGACAAAGAAAUAUUACACACGGGUACAAGGGUAUCAGCCGUAGUAUACCCCUAGCAGAUCUUGUAAACCACGUGGUCGUGAUUCGAGUGCCGCGAACGAUCUUCCACUCUGUGAAAUGUACGUUAGCACCCUUGAACAGUACAUCUGUGGAACCCUUUUCGUUGAGUAUGAGGCAUGAAGCGCAUAGGAAUGCUUGAGUGACUUCUUGACCGAACCUCCCGAGCUGAGAGAGCGCGACUGUAGCGUAGAGGUAUAGCAAUUGCCCAUGAUUUGUGAAGGGUUCUUGAAAGGAAGGGGUGGAAGAAGAUUUUUCUUCGGGAUAAGUUUCUAUUCGUCCAGAU